GGCGAUCCUUCUUCUGUUUCUGGUGAGAACACAGCACAAAUUCCUUCAAACCAACUUUCCCUUCAAAGCGGUGAGUCAUUCCGCAAUAUCGCACAAAACCCUUGUAAACCUGCUCACCACGAGUGGCCUGCUGCGGUGGCAGGACCAAAUGGCCAAAUUUCGCUCUUGUGUGCUCAGGUAGGCAUUUGGGUUAGAUCGGAGGCUGAACCUCUUCCGAUCCUGGACAUGAGGCAGCCUAUUUCAUCAAUCGGUACCGGCCCCUUCCUCAACAUCCGCGGUAAUGUGACACUUUCUUGA